UGACAGACAGGACUGAGGUGCUUCGUUUGGACAGAAGAGAAGACACGCUGAUAAACUCCACAGCCGAUCCCCACCGUCAGUUUAAGCGAAUGGUGACCUGAGAGAGAUGGCCGAUACAGGACUGUGUUGUGCCAGCCUGGAGGAGCCCAAGACCCUGAUGAAGAUGGGUCUGAGCAUGGUCCUCAUCGGUCACGUGAACUUCCUGCUCGGAGCGCUGGUGCACGGUGUGGUGCUCAGACACAUCAACCUGCACAAGCAGGCCCGGGCCAUGGAGUACGCCAUCUCUAAUGUGGUCGCGCUCACCUCUGGGCUUAUAGGAGUUGUUGUCGGCAUUCUGGCUAUUGUCCUGUCUAAAAACAAGAAGAGUCGAGGCCUGACGUGGUCCCUUUUCAUGGUUGGUCUGGCUGCGGCUCUCAUGGCAGCAGCCUCAGCCAUCGGACUCUUCAUAUCUGUGGUGAGGGCCAUCAUUCACGGCGGGCGAAGCCUCCUGACUCACUGCCGCUUCCCCGAUGCCAUUGGCUACUCCAGCAUCACCAACGAGUGUCCUUUUGACCCCACACGCAUCUACAGUACCACUCUGAUCCUGUGGGUGCCUCUGAUCGUGACUUGUGUCAUCCAGAUGGUGUUUUCCGCCCGGUGCUUUGCUGUCUGUGCUUCAUUCCUGGGUCUACCUUGCUGUCCAAACAGGAAGAGAAAAAGAGACUAUGGCAGAGCGAUCAAUGUGGUGAGGCCGAUGGAGGAAGCUGCUCCCUCUCGCUACACUGAACCUCCAACACGCUACACGGAACCACCAAGAAGCCACCGCGAACCUCCAAGACGGAAUGCUGAACCUCCAAGACAGCAGCGCAGACCCCCUCCCCCUUCACAGCCUCCUCCCCGUCAGCAUCGGAGUCUUCCUCCCUCGGAGAGGCGGCCUCUUCGCCAGCCACACAGAGAAAGGUCAAACAGAGAAAGGCAAGAAACGAGGGUUGGCAGCCAGCAAAGGGCACCGGAAGAGCACCAACUGCUGGAGAGGGGUACGCUGGAAAGGUCCAGCUUCUGGAUUUAGACAUAUUUGACAUGCCAGAGCUUCUUGAAGACAAAAUGCUCUGCAGUGCUUCAAUACUUGGAUUCAGACUUCAUACUUGCAACCCUAUCGUCCAGUUAGUACUUCAUGAACUCUGAGCCGGUGAUGGGUUUUUUCAGCAGUGCUGAUGUAUGGAUUUUCUGAGGCUCAGACUGUUUGCACAGUGUACAGGAUCCCAGUUAUGUGAGUGUGUCUGUUCUUGUAUUUCUGUUCUGAUGAGGGUCAAAUUAUUGAUAUCAGGAUAGACUUAUGAGGUAAAUCUUUCAAAGUGAGGACGUGGUCUCAAAUGAUGCGUAUAGGAGGGAUUAUUCAGAGUAGGGUUGCAGCGUUAUACCGGUCUCAAGGUAUAAGGUAUGAUAUAAAAGUUGACAGUUCAUGACUGUAUCAUCAUUUGCCUAUUGACGAUACUGAAAAUAAUACAACUGGACAGAUAAUACUUCCAUUAACAAAACGGUUUAAAUGUAAAUAUAAUACCGUUGCAACCCUAAUUCAGAGUAAAAAAAAAAGUCAACAUUUUGAGAAAUUCACUUUGUCACUUUCUUGCUGAGAGUUAGACGAGGAGAUUGAGACCACUCUCACGUUUGUGCGUUAAGCACGGAACUGGAGUUAGGCCAUGGUUAACUUAGCUUAGCAUAAAGACUGGAAUCAGGGGGAAACAGCUAGCUAGCUCUCUCUAAACAACUUUAAAGUUCGCUAUUAACAUGUGAUAUCUUUAUUUUUUGCGCAUAGAAAGGUGUUUAUACGUCAUGUUUUGUUUUUGAGUUGGGAGUUGAUAAGCUCAGGUUAGUAUGAAACUGGAGGAGACACAGCUAUCCUGGCUCUGGUCACCAUGAGAAUGGAAACAGAGGGCUCGGCAGGGACGGAGCACCCGCUGCAGCAAGCGAACACGCCGUCUGUGGUCAUUUUGACUUGACUGGCAAACUUCACUCCAAGCAAAUUGGCUGUAGAAACUGAAACUGAAUGUAUAAUUAACAUUUAGGCUUUUGUAUAUUUUCUUUGCUCAAAGGUGUGUUCUUUAACUUGACCUAGCUAGAUUUAUUCCCUGCUGUCAGUCUCGAUGCUAAGCUAAGCUAAUCAUCUCCUGGUACGAGAGCAGAAUCAAUCUUCUUGUCUAAAAUGUGUAAGUGUUCUCUUAAUGUAUGAGUUUACACACACAAUGGAGGCAGUAGGACCAGUGAAAUGCUCUCAUGAGUGGUGACGUACAGUGUGAAAUGUGUGUGUGUGUGUGUGGGUGUGUCUCCAAGCUUUUGUGUUUUUAUUGCCUGAUUGAAUAAUUGAGAAACGAUUGAGCAUGCGUGUGUGUAUUCUGCUGUUAGGUCAAGACACACUCGUUUCAAGACAAACUGCUAGUUUUUGUAUUUAUUAACUUUAGUCAACAAGCAAAUAAAGUUUUUAUUCAAAAGUCUGCAUCUUUCUUGUGUGUGUUUUGUAGCUGAACUCUGUGACCGAAAACACCUCAGUUUAAAAUGCGGUAACGGCAGCAGCUGUAGUGGCCUGACAGGAAUGACUGGUUACACUCAGACACACAUGUAGACAUCUUGACAGGUCGGUGCAAACACUGUCACCCACGUCCUGUCAGGACUAUGUUAAUAAGGACUUCCAGUGUACCUGACAGGCUGCAACACUCAGGUGCAUGACAGCAGUGUUCAGCUGUCAGACCAGACGUUAGCCUUGUGCGCUUGGCUCCUUAAUGCGUUCCUUACAAAUAACCAGAAAUGAGGAAACAGUCCACACGUGCAGCUUUGAAACACAUAGGUAUAUUUCGAUUUCAGGUCCAACGGAACAAACAUGUCAUCCUCACGUGAGGUUUUCAUGCAACAGAAAAACAGGAAGGAAAGGGAGGUGAGGAAGGGAGAAAGAAAGAAAGAAAGAAAGAAAGGGGUGUAUUUAUCCAACACAAGGUACCAGUUCAUCAGAGGCAGUGAGAAUAGAAAAGGGUUAAAGUGUAGAUCAGGGGUUAGCAACUGUUGUUCCUUAUCCUACCAGCAGAAGGCAGUGACACUAUAGGAUCCCCGAAAGCAGAGGUGCAGCUGGUUAGGAAGCUCCUGUGCAAAUGUUUGGUACAAGUUAGGUCAGUAAUGUCGUGUGGAUGCAGCUGCACCAGCACGGCUCUCAUUGGUAGUUCAUUUUGCCACCACUGCACACAAUAGUUCAAUUUGUGAGGUAGUGAGAUGUUGGGCAACAGACAUACUGGGCUGACAUUGGCCAUUUUUGAAAUAUCUGAUGUUGAGUCUGGUGUGACAGAGGCUCUUCUCUGACUUGCUAUAGAAACAUGUCCCACUCAGUUAUUUUUAUCUCAUGUGGCAGACAGAGAAAUCAUUUUGUGCCAGGGUUUUAUUCCUCACUUUCUACAGUGUGUAAAGGGAAGCCUGUCUAACCCUCCUUUAUGG